AUGGACACUCUCAAAGAUUUGAGUACUACGCCCUAUUUGGCUGCUGCCAACUCCCUCAUGUUGCUAGCAACUCCGGUAAUAUCGCCAGCUGUGGAAUCUCCGGUAUCCUCUAAAAUCGGUUCUUCUAGUAUUUUGCGACUUUGGUCUCGUCCCAAGUUUGUAGGGCCUUCUACCAAGACAAGCUUGUUGUUUGGCUCGGCACAAGCUUUGGGAUCGUGGAUUAUCUACGAUGGAGACCUGGAAAGCGGGUCUGGGUUUCUGGGUGCCUGGUCCGCCCUCUACUUGAUUGUGGGUGGUCGUGGCUCUGUCAAGGCCCUCAGAUACGGAAGAGUGUGGCCCUUAACGCUGUCUGCAAUGGCCGCCACAAGCACGGCCCUCUACACCAGACGGUUCGUUGCUGGUGGCUUUACAUAA